AUGCUGGGCCGGGUGGUGCGGAGCGCAGGCGCGCUGCUGCACGGCAUGCCGCGCGCGCUGCAUACGUCGGCGCGCGCUGGCGAAGCAUUAGAAAAGGCGGCGUCGCACCCUUCUGACUUUUUCGCGCUGGAGCGCACGGAGCCGAUCGUGCACAUGCGCCUCAGCUACCUCGACAAGGCGACCAAGCCAGAGGGCGAAGACGCGCACCAGUACGUGCCGCUCUCGUCGCACGUCUUCAACACUCCGCCGCACCAAAACGCGAUGCACCUUGCGACGGUGUACUACCUCGACGCCCUGCGCAGCGGCACGGCGUCGACCAAGUCCCGCUCGGAAGUGGCUUUCUCGGGCCGCCGUCUGCGCCCGCAAAAGGGUACGGGUCACGCCCGCCUCAGCGACGCGGGCUCGCCGAUGCUGCGCAAGGGUGGCGUUGCACACGGCCCGCGCCCGCGCGACUUUGCCACAGAACUUCCGCGCAAGGUCCGCGAGCUGGCUUUGCGCUCAGCGCUCAGCGCGCGCGUGCGCGAAGGGUCCCUGCACAUUGUACCGAGCCUCUCGUGGCAGCCGCCGCCGACGUCGACUAACAAGCUCGCUCGUCUGCUGAGCGACAAGCGGUGGAACCGCGCCUUGUUCCUUACGGCGCCCCGCCAGCCCCAAAACCUCCUACAGGGCCGCCGCACGGACGCGCGCCCGUCGGCAUCAGACCCGAUUUACGACGAGGAGCAGCUCAAGCGCCACGCGCGCUACGUGCGCAACUUUGAGAUUGCCGCGCGCAAUCUGCCCGAUAUCGAAGUCCUGCAGCUGCACACGCUUCCCCCUCAUAUCAAGCCGCGCGCAGAACACGCCAAGAAACCGGGUGAGCUGCACGCCUACCAGGUACUGCAGCACCGCCAGGUGAUUAUGGAUCUCGGCGCCCUCGAGUGGCUCGAGGAAAAGCUCGGCGGCGCGCCGGUCCAGGAGAUGUACGCCGAGGAGCUGCGCCUCCUUGCCGCGUCUGAGUCGCAGACUUCUUCGACCGAAAACGAGACGAAGCCGGAUGAGAAACCGCCGUCCUCUGCUACGAGCACCGCCACUGACGCGGCGACCAACGCCCUGGCCGAUGCCAUCGCUCCGUAG